GUGGGGGCGGCCCGGGUGUCAAAAUAUCAGUACCUCUCUCCCUUCAGAGAUAAAUAACCUGCAACAGGUGGUCAGCAUCACAACAUCGGCAGCACACCAUCCUGGGUUAUUUAUUGUAAGGCAAACUCCUGAGGUAUCUGAUAUAUAAUCCAGCACAGCAAGAACAAUUAGUCAGAACUUCAAGUCCUCAAAAAUCUCACAUCAAUCUUUUUGGCAAGAUGACAAAGACAAUGUUGUUACUGAUGUGCCUGAUUCUCAUCUUUUCUGUGGAUGCAGAAGACAAGACAACACGUUACCGCAUGCCCACAUGUGGCGGAAUCAGUUUGACUCAGGCAUGCCCUCUUAACUACGAUCCAGUCUGUGGAAGCGAUGGCAUCACCUAUGUCAAUGAGUGUACCCUAUGUGUACAUCGCCUGCAAACCAAAACAGACAUCAUGAUUUUGAAAGAUGGCAGAUGCUAAAGAAGAUAUUUACCACUUCUGCCUUCACCAUCCAUGCUUGUUAGGAUGCAUUCAUGUAGCUACAAAAAACCUUUCAAAUGUAUUAUUGUAAACAUAUUUACUUUUAUGUAUAGACUUU